CAGGAUUCGUGUUAGAGGUAUAUGUUCACUUUUAGCAAAACAUGUUUGGAUGUUCAACACUAAAACUACACACACGCACACACAUACACACACAUUCACAUAUGCACACUCAAUUAAAAAAUAAAUAAGCUCUGAUAAUAGGAGAGAGACCAUUUGCAUCUCUGAGCUGAUUUCAUUCUCUUCGUAUGGAAUAUGUUUUGUCAUACUUGAAAUUGAGUUCAAUUCAUCUCCAAUAAGGGAUUUAACGUACGGAAUCCAUAAAAAACAUACAAAGUAGAAGAAUAAAAUCAGAGGAUUAGUAAUAAAAUAUCAACAAGAUCUGAAGAGAAGUCAACGAAAAAUCCACACAAAAAUCCAAAAAAUAAUCACCACAACGAAACACUAGGUGGUGAUGUACAAACUAUCCACCACUGCUAAAGUCUACUUUCCAAUACACUGUGCAUGGGAGUAUGGAUAAAACUAUAUAUGGAAUCUUUUCGUGUGCAUUACACUAACGAUGUAAUAAUAAUAACUAAUAACUAUAUUUGAAAACUUUAUUCUAUUUCAGUGAUUGUGUUAUUCACAGUGAAAGAGUUUGAGAAAGUGACAGAGAUUAAAACAAGGAGAUCAGAAAGAUACCAGGAGAAAUAUAUAUUUUAAUCUUGUUCAAUAUUGAAUACCUAUUCAAUUGUCAAUACCUAAUCCACUGAUUAAUAACUUAUUAUUAUUACUAGUAUUUUCAAACAAAACAAGUAAGAUCUAUUGAUCUAAUUCAUGUUCAAUUCCCAGUGGACGUUAUCAGAAGUAUCAUUAUUGGCAGUUGCAAUAAAUCCCUUACAACUGUUUUCACUAUUAUCAGCACUAUUAUUAUCACUAUUAUUUCUAUUAGUAUUAUCGUUAUUAAUUGUAUUUCAUUGCUUUAAUCAUUCGUAUUAUUACUAUUAUUAUUAUUAUUAUUAUCAUCUAUAUACACAGACAUUUAGCCAUUUUAGCUAUCUACCGCAAUCAUUAUCAUUGUCAUCAUUAGCACUGUCAUCCGCAUGGAUUUCUUCUUUGUCAAUUCAUCCUAUAUUCAUCGUCUUUUGGAGAUUAAUAGUUCAUGUUCACAGGGAAUUAAUUAUUUGCAUCGUCAACCUCCUACGAAGUACUUACCUUAAAGUCGCUGCUACAGUAUUUAAUGACGUCUACACCAAUUCAUAUAAUUUAGUUUUAAGCUGUGUAAAAGUAUGGAAUUUAGACAGUAAAUUACUGACAAUACUUCUGUCGAACCACGGGAAUAAUGAUACUACUAAUAUCAAAUCUGUUAAUAACAAUAAUAGUACAGCUAAAACACAAACAUAUACUACUUAUUUCAGUCAUGGAAUGAAUAAGUUAUUCAUAUUAUAUCUUGGAUUACUAUUAUUUCAUGGAUUAAUACGCGAAACAAUUGUUGUUAACGGUCGACCGUUACAAGAUGGAGUAGAACGUCGCUACGGGGAAUUAAAUUUACGCCCAUCUAAAUCAUUAUCCUCCUCAUCAUCAUCAUCAUCACAAAAGAUACCAAAAGUUGUUAUGCCACCGUAUGAUCUUGGAUUUAGAGGUCAAAAAACCGAGGAUAUGAACAAAGUGAGGUCACCACCAUUAUCGUCAUCAUCAUCAUUAAACGAUGCCAAUGGUAAGUUUGACAAUAUGAGAGGAUUUCAGUCAGAUGAAACAUAUGAUGGAAAUGCUCAGUCGUAUUUUCUUUCACCAUCGGCUUCAGCAUCAUUAUAUCAAGGUCGAAGAAAUCCACGUUAUCAGAGAGUGAAUCGUGAUAACUUUAAGAAACAAACGAACAACAAUUUUAAUGGUGAUAAUACCAAUGAUGGUGGUAGUGGUGUAUUAGGUGGACAAUUAUAUUUUGAUGCCAAAAUACCCAUAGAUAAUCAAAAUCCGAGAUCAUAUCGACAACCGCGACCACAAUCGCCUAUAUCAGUAUCUUCUAUUAAAGAGAUGAAUGAUCCAUCCGAUUAUAGAAGAGUUAAUCUUGCCCCAUCUCAACCUUUUCCUUCCCCGAUUCAGCAACAACCACUCCGACCUUCUUAUUCAUCGUAUAAUCCACGCAGGUCGAUGAACAGUUUUCAUGAUCCUCUAUUCAUGUCUGAACAGGAAACAAAUUAUGACGGUAAUGAUGCACAAUUUUCCCAACAAGAUAAUCAAUGGGGUAAGAUAGGUAACCCAUAUCAACGUCAAUCGAUGUAUGAUGCGAAUACCGCUUAUAUGAAUCGAGAGAAUCCUUCUGUAUGGUAUCCUGUAUCAUAUCAAAAUCUUAAUGACCAAUUAGAAAAUCCAUCACAAUAUGAAAAUCAUCAACAAAUACAACAACCUUCAGGCAUUAAUGCUUAUCCACCCUUUAAUAUUCCAAACAAUAAGGUUGUCGGUCAAAAUGUUAAUCCUAAUGCUAAUGCUAAUGCUAAUUAUGGUCGUAUAAAUGCGAAUAGUGAUCAGCUGUCCUAUUUCAGAGAGAUACCAGAUAUUCAAUUAUCCUAUCUUAUUAAUCAGUAUCAAAUGGAGUUAUCUCGUCGACGAAAUGAGCGUGGUUAUUAUCAGGGGAAUCCUUAUUACAGCCAGCCACUUGAUCCUGAACCUAUUUAUCCUCCUGGCUAUUAUCCACAAGAUCAUGGUCUUCAUCUGUCUGGAUCAAAAAGUCAUGACAAAGUUAUCCAACGGUUCAAUAGUUUAGCCAGUCAGAGAUUAGUAGCUGGUAUUGAUGAGUUUUUCGAUGAAAUUGAUCAUAACAGGAAUGGAGUAAUUACACCGGAUGAACUUCGUAACUAUUUAUUGUUGCACGAAGUACACUUUGCACGUUGAGAAUGCCCUCUAUGAAUAAUAAUAAUUAUACUAAAACGAUGAGCUUAUAUAUGUUAAAUUCACACAUUGAUGUACAUCAAAAAUGGGAGUUCAAUGAAGUCCAAAUACAAUUGCUUGAAUUUCUGUCUGAAUGUGUCUGAGCAGUUCUCUUUGAUACAUACAGCCAGAUAUCAAUGUCAUACAAACAAAUUAAUUCAUUUAAGAUUAUUGUCAUUCCGUAUUCUUAUUUUAUGUGUACAUCAUGUAUAAUCUUGUAUUUCUUCUUCUCUUCUCUUCUCUUUCUUUCUUCCCUUCCUAAUACGCAUACCUCAUUAUACAUGGCAAAUAGACAAAGCCUUUUCACUUGCCUAUUAUAAAAUAUGUUUCAGUGUCAUUAUUUCUGACUACUACUCACAACCUAUUCUCCUUGUUUACUUCCCUUUAAAAACAUUUCUUCUAUCUUGCCUAAAAAAUAAUACAUGAACAAACUUGACUACUCAGAAGGGGAGAUAUACAACAAUAGUUCAUUAUAUUAUCUCAUUAUUAUUAUAUCUACACUUGCCUUCAUUGUGUUUUAAAAUUGUUAACUCUAUCCCGUUUCCCCACAACACACCACACCGCUCCACUCCGCGCCCCCCAACCCAACCCCUUGCCCCUUUAUUCUUAUUCCAUUAUCUCUUAUAUUAUAUUCAUAAGUAACAUAGGCUGCAGGAAUACGGUGAAUCAGCGUGGAAUUUGCUUCACAGCUGCUAACACCUUUAGGUAUAGCACAUAUACAUAUCUGUGUGUUUUGUCUGUGUCUAUGUGUGUGUGUGCACGUGUGUGCCUGUGUGCUUUUAAGUGUUGUACUCAUGUUCACAUCAUAAAGGAUGAUCAUUUCAUCAAUCAUCAUUCAGUUGAUGAUUUGGUUCUUGAAAAUUGUUUUUAAAAUGUUUGCUUUACUGUUUUCCAUUACUUGAUGAUGACAUCGAAAACAAACUAAAAUGAUUAAAAAGUGAUACGUUUUUAUUUCGUAAAAAGAAAGCUGAUUUCAAUUAUUGACUUUCUAAUAAUAAGACAAUUGGCUUUUAU